AGGUUUUUCAUCUAUAGCCUCACGGUGGCGUCAGUUUACCGUCAUACGACCCUCCAGAGUCCAGGUGAAGUUCACACAAGCACCGGCCCGUCAGGAGCGCGCGGGAGUGCGCUUGUGGGAAAGUGGGCGCGAACGUGCCGCAGUCGUUCGCUCGUGCCGCGGCUCGGGAACAAGGAACUUCGACGCUCAACUGCCUAGCAAGCCCAAUGAACGUGAAAUUCAUCCGGUUUCUUUCGCCCUAGCCCACGAAACACCUGGAGGAUUUCUUGAGCUGAUUUCAAAUCAACCCACCACACCUCACCAUGCUCCUCUACUCCUGCUGUUGACCUUUGACCUCUGACGGCGAUGGCAGAACUCUCGGUGGCUCCGGGUCAGAUAUACAUAGAGGUGGAGUAUGACUAUGAUUACAAAUUCAAAGACCGUGUGAUCAACAUUAAACAGGGGGAAAGUUACCUGCUUGUGAAGAAGACCAAUGAAGACUGGUGGCAGGUGCGCAAGGACGAGGCCAGUAAGGCCUUCUAUGUCCCAGCACAGUAUGUGCGGGAGUUGCGACGGGCUCUCAUGCCCCCUCCUAAACCCCUCGGUGGAGCAGGCCGAGGGGGGACCGGGCCCAUUCGACCAUCUGGCUUGGAGGUUCAGCGGCCAGAUGAGAACAAAAAGAGCCCGUGUCCCUCUCCCUCCGGCAAUGCUUUACUGCCGCCCAAUGAUGACAGAGGCAGCCCAGGUAGCCCGACCGCACACGUCCCCCAAACUUACCUGAACACUUUACCUGGCUCACUUCCUCGUUCCAGAGCCAAGUCCCCAAGUCGCAUUGUACAUGGGGAGAAAGAGAAAGAGUUGGAGAAGAGCAGUCGAGGACUGGAAAAAGGUGCAAUUUAUGACGAGUUUGCCGGAGAGGGAGUCAGCUCGGAUAAGAACCGAAAUGAUUCAGAAUCCGGGGAUGAUCUCAGCAGCGGUUCAACUGAUAACCUACAGAUUUUAGGUUCAGGGCAGGGCAGGCCUGACUCUCCUGUCUACACAAACCUACAGGAGCUGAAGAUCUCUCAAUCCUCCACCCCUCCACUGCCGUCCUCCACUCCGCUCCACACCAAUGGCGACUGGGAGACUCACAAAGACCAGAAUGGCAGACACUUCUACUACAACCGCAGCACGCAGGAGAGGACCUGGAAACCCCCACGGGCACGGGACAGCCUCACCAGGAAAGAGGCAAAACAAGUCAUUACUGACAUUGAGUCUAACCACUCACCUCUGCUACCAGGAGAUGCUCACAAAACACGUAGUCUUGACAGGAGACUGCCUGAUUUCAUUCCUAUAAGGCCGAGACACAGCGUAUAUUUACAUGAGUCCAAUGACAAGGACACCAAAACAGGCUCACCUGACUCUGACUCCUCCUGUCCCUCCUCUCCCAAACCCCCAAAUUCUUCAUCAGAGAAAUGUGGUAAUUUAAACAUGACUAAAAUCACUGAACAUGGAAAAAAGGUCCGGAAGAACUGGACCUCCUAUUGGACAAUUUUGCAGGGUUCUUCACUACUAUUUAAUAAGGGUCAAGGGGGCGGGACUGGUUGGUUUGGAAGAGACCAGAAGCUGGAGUUCAGUGUGGACCUCAAAGGAGGUUCAGUGGACUGGGCAUCUAAAGACAAAUCGAGCAAGAAACAUGUUCUAGAGCUGAAGACCAGGCAGGGCAUAGAGCUCCUCUUGCAGUCAGAUAACGACAGCCUCAUCAGUGAGUGGCACAAGGCUUUGACUGAAGCCAUACACACAUAUGUAUGGGAGUCUGAUGAGGCCAUUGAAGAAGACAUGCCAGAAUCUCCUGACACUGAGAAACAUGACAAAGAAAAAGAGCAAAGGAACUCCAAGAAGGGCAGAGAUAUUAAGAAAUCUGUAAGCAUGGAUAAUGCAGAGCAGAAGAGGAAGACCAAGCUGAUGAAGCUCCUCACAGGCAGACCCACUUUACAGGCUGUCAAAGACAAGGGCUACAUUAAAGAUCAGAUGUUUGGCUCCAGUUUGAGCAGUCUUUGUCAGAGAGAGAAUUCCACCGUCCCUUACUUUGUCUCGAUGUGCAUUGAGCAGGUGGAGAAGAACGGGUUAGGAGUGGAUGGUUUGUACAGAGUCAGUGGAAAUUUGGCCAUUAUACAAAAACUGAGAUUUGCUGUUAAUCAUGAUGAGAAAGUGGAUUUAGGGGACAGUAAAUGGGAGGACAUUCACGUGACCACUGGAGCUCUGAAGAUGUUUUUCCGUGAGCUACCAGAACCGCUGUUCCCCUAUGCUUUCUUCAACAACUUCAUCACUGCUAUCAAAAUGCCAGAUUAUAAGCAGAAAGUUCAGGCGGUUAAGGAUCUGAUGAAGCAACUGCCACGGCCUAACCACGACACCAUACAGGCACUCUUCAAACACCUGAAGAAAGUGAUCCAGCAUGUCGACGAGAAUAGGAUGACCACGCAGAGUGUAGCCAUCGUAUUCGGCCCAACGCUCCUACGCCCAGAGGUAGAGACAGCAAAUAUGGCCGUGCACAUGGUCUACCAGAAUCAGAUCGUUGAGCUCAUUCUUAUGGAAUAUGAGACAAUAUUUGGCAGGUAGGUCACAUGCACAGGAACACUUUGACCAAACCCAACAGGACAGUUUCUGCUGAAGACCGAACAGCCCAUUGACUGCCAGUCUGAACGCUUUUUGAUGUUUACAUGAGAGGAACACCCACAUUAAAAAACAAAAAAACACCACUCUGGGUUUAAGAUAAACAGUCAAAUCCUUUCUCAUAUCUUUAUUGGACUAAAUAAUUAUUUUUUUUUUUUUAACUGGAUGUUGUAUUAUUUUUAUAUACCUAAAUCCAUUGGACUGUCAUUUUUGGAUUCAUUUGGAGCAACGAGGACUUGAAAUAUGAACAUUUUCUGUCCGACUGAAAACCGUGAUUCAUAUGGGAGAAAUCUGAUGCUUCAUUUUAUAUUUCCGUUCACUAAAAGUACUACGUUUUGCAUCACGUCUUUCUGUGGUAAUACUGUAAUAUGGUUUGGAACAACACAUCAACUGAUUGACUGAUAUGACAGACAUGGAUUUUAUUCUAUACUAAGAACUCAUUUUCACGGGAAUGGAUUGCUUUUUGUUCUGGCCUGCCGGAAGUGAUCCCUGAGAUGACCACUGCUGGGAAACACUGGAGUUAUUUUCUAGACUCUCAAGAUUCGGACACACAAUCUUUUGUUUGAGACUCGACCACAAUUUCCUGAUUGAUUCAACAUCAAAGGAUGUACAAACUCUUGAGCUAUGAAAAUGUCGGUUAUAUUUCAGGCUGUGUGAGUGCAUCUGUCCCCUUUGGUCCUUAGAGAGACACUAAAAGGAAAUGUGUGCAUGACACAUUUAUCCCUCUGAGGACAUUAGACUCGCUGUUCCUGACCAGACCCCAGUCAUGCAGUGAAAACUCUCACAGCCUAUUUAAUAUACGAGUACAGUAUGCUGUAGACAAAAUAACAUGUACAGAUCUUGUAUCAGAGAGAGAGGAGAAAUUCUGAGUGGGUAAAACUUGAUUGCUCUUUCUAAAGAUGUCUGAUGGACAUACUAUGUGUGUAUGUGUGUGACGAGUAAAAAGCACAUGGAGGUUAAGACACCACAAUUGUAUUAAUAAAGAGAGGUUUAUUAAAAUAUUUUAAGAAUCAA